AACUUUGUUUUUUUGGGUCCUUUUCCCUGGCGAGCUAGGGUUUUAGAAAUUGAUCACUGCGAGUUAAUUUAGUAGCUCAGAUUUGGGGCUUUUCAGAUAUAGUCGAAACUCAAUCGCCUCGAAAGUGUCGAUUUUGCCUUGAAUUUGUUAUGAAAGUUCGAUUUUUGAAGGAAAAUUUAGAUUCCUACGCUUUCUUUUUAGCUUAAUUUUGAAUCAAAACACUCCCAAAUUCUCCCAAUUAUAAUGGAGGCGUAUUUGGAGCAGACCCUUCAGGAGGGGACGCUCCUUCGCCAGGUUAAUGCUUUGAUCGUCACCCAUCUCCGCGACCACAAUCUCAAUCAGUUUAACGUAGGCCGCGACCGCAGUUGCUUCGGCCACCAUGACGCCUUUGAACGCAGAAGCUCCCCCAAACAAGCUUCUGGAACUCGUUGCAAAGGGUCUUGCGGCGGAGAGGGACGAGGCGUCGAGGGGAGUUUCUUCUGGUGGUGUUGGUGUUGAUUCUUUUGGAGGGAUGUUGGCAGGAUAUGGCAUGGUUCAUCUUCCUACCAAUGCUGUAGAUUUCAGUGCGGUGCAGGAUACUAAAGGUUCCUCCAAGAGCUUCCCGAAGCAUGAGACCAGGCAUGUUUCAGAGCAUAAGAAUGCUGCUAGAUGUGCAAGAUUCAGUCCUGAUGGGAGAUUCUUUGCAACUGGGAGUACGGACACAUCUAUCAAGCUUUUCGAGGUUUUAAAAGUCAAGCAAAUGAUACUUGGAGAUGGCAGGGAUGGUCCUAUUCGCCCUGUUGUUAGAACAUUUUAUGAUCAUUUACAGCCGAUCAAUGAUUUGGAUUUCCAUCCGCAAAAUACUAUAUUGAUAUCUGGGGCAAAGGACCACACAAUUAAGUUCUUUGAUUUUUCGAAAACGGUUGCUAGGAGAGCUUUUAGAGUUAUCCAGGAUACGCAUAAUGUGAGAUCUGUUUGUUUUCAUCCUUCUGGGGAAUAUCUCUUGGCCGGGACUGAUCAUCCUAUUCCGCAUUUAUAUGAUAUCAAUACUUUCAAGUGUUACUUGUCAGCAAAUGCCCAAGACCUAAAUGCGAAUGCUGGCAUCAACCAGGUGCGAUAUUCAACUACCGGCAGUACUUAUGUUACAGCUUCGAAAGAUGGUUCUAUUCGUGUAUGGGAUGGAGUAACUGCACAAUGUGUUCGGUCUAUAAUUGGGGCACAUGGGUUGGCUGAGGCCACUAGUGCAAGUUUCACAAAGGACCAGAGGUUUAUUCUAUCUUGCGGGAAGGAUUCUUCUAUAAAGUUAUGGGAAGUUGGCACAGGAAGACUGGUCAAACAAUAUCUGGGUGCAAUCCACACGCACUUGCGUUGCCAGGCUGUCUUCAAUGAAACAGAGGAAUUCAUUCUAUCAGUCGACGAACCGAAAAAUGAGGUUGUUAUUUGGGAUGCUCUCACCGCUGAAAUUACAGAAAGGUUGCCGUCCAAUCACAUCGGUGCGCCAAGGUGGAUAGAACACUCUCCAGCUGAGGCAGCAUUUGUCACAUGUGGGAACGAUAGAUCAGUUAGAUUCUGGAAAGAGACUCUAUAGGCGGGUGCGAACUGCGAAGUAACCAAUAUACUGAAAUGCUCCAGUGCGUACUCAGGAUAACAUUAUGAUCCAUAGAUAUACAUCUGAUCCACUCUUGUUUUUCAUGUUUGUGGAAAAAGGAGAGGGUAGGUCUCAAAUAGAGUGUCAACUUAGUUUUUCUUUCUUGAUUAACUCCCUGCAGUUUUCUCGUAUUGCAGUUGCUCAUGUUUUAGAUUUCUUUAAUGGCAAUAUGAGUAAUCCUGUUGUGCUAACCAUGCUAUUCUUUGAUUCUGGUUGUUCUGUUUAAAUGCAAUUGACUCAAUUACUAGAC